UUGUCGCGUGUGAGUGAGUGCAAAUGUUUGAGAUCGUAAAUGUGGGAACACAGUAGAGACCCGGAGAAAAAUGGAACUAGCCUGGACUGGGAUGUUUCAUAAACACCCGGUGUAAGCUUCUAUAUCCGAAUUAGAAACUCCAGAUCUUGCGUUGGCAGCAAAUGGGAAAAAAAAUCGGCUGCGGGUCUCCGGAGAUUUCUGCCCUGGACUGCAUGUGAUUUUUCUUUCGUGAAUUCGUUUUACAGGAUAUCAAUUGAAUGUAACUAGCAGAGUGGAAUCUCAAAACAUGUUCUGACAGUCAGCGGAGUCAUCACCAUCUGAAUAUCGUUGGCAUUUAAUUGCGGAAGGAUCUUGAACAUUGAAAGAAAAAGCACCAUUCACACUCGGGUGAAACACAUAUCAUCUGUGAAUGGGAGAGACUGUGAAGGUUCAUCUGCAAUGUCCAAACACCAGCGCAGUCACACUAGGGAGAGACUAUGGAAAUGUGAGAAUUGCGGGAAGGGAUUUCUUUACCCAUCCCAGCUGGAAAUGCACCAACGCAGUCACACUGGGGAGAAGCCGUUCGCCUGCUCUGAUUGUGGGAUGGGAUUCACUCAGUCAUCCAGCCUGCGGAUCCACCAGCGAGUUCACACUGGAGAAAGACCAUUCACCUGCUCCCUGUGUGGGAAGGGAUUCAGUCAGUCAUCUAGCCUGCGAAUACACCAACGCAGUCACACUGGGGAGAAACCAUUCACUUGCUCCACUUGUGGGAAGGGAUUCACUUCAUCAUCCAGCCUGCGGAAACACCUGCGAGUUUGCACUGGAGAGAGACCAUUCACCUGUUCUGAAUGUGGGAAAGGAUUCACUCGCUCAACGAUACUGCUAGAGCACCAACACGUUCACUCUGUAGAGAGACCAUUCACUUGCUCUGUUUGUGGGAAAGCGUUCGCUCAGUCAUCCAAACUGCUGGAACACCAGCAAAUUCACAGGAGAGAGAAACCAUUCACCUGCUCUGAUUGUGGGAAAGAAUUCACUCGUUCAUCCAGCCAGGAGAUACACCAGCCAGUUCACACUGGAGAGAGACCAUUCACUUGCUCUGUUUGUGGAAAGGGAUUCACUCGGUCAUCCCAUGUGCUGAGACAUCAGAAUGUUCACACUGGGGAGAGAGCAUUCACCUGCGCCAUAUGUGGGAAAGGAUUCACUCAGUCAUCCCAUCUGCUGGUACAUCAGCGAGUACACACUGAAGAGAAACCGUUCAACUGCUCCCAAUGUGGGAAGCGAUUCACUCAGUUAUCCAGCCUGCAGAUACACCAGCGAGUUCACACUGGGGAGAGACCAUUCACCUGCUCCCUGUGUGGGAAAGGAUUCAGUCAGUCAUCCAACCUGCUAAAACACCAGCGGGUUCACACUGGAGAGAGACCAUUCACCUGUUCUGAAUGUGGAAAAGGAUUCAUUUGCUCAUCUGAAUUACUGGAACACCAGCGUGUUCAUACUGGAGAGAAACCAUUCACCUGCUCUGAUUGUGGGAAGGGAUUUACCAAGUCAUCCAACCUGCGAAGACACCAGCAAGUUCACACUGGGGGGAGACGUUCACUCAGUUGACUCCCCUGCUGAUACACCAGCCUAUUUACUCCACGGACAGACCAUUCACUUCUCCUUUUGUGUGAAGGGAUUCACUCUGUCACCCAAACUGUUACCACACCAGUGAAAUGACAGAGUUGAUUCCUUUUAACCAGCUGUUUUAGUGUAAAAGACUUUUUGCUGUCUGUUAACACACCAGCAAAUUCACAAAGAACCACAAAUGAAGGAUUUUGCCCUUACUCACACCAAAGAAUUAAUUGUGCUCAUUGGGCUGUUUUGUAUUGAUAUUAUCAAACCCUGCUCUAUUAAACGUGCUGAUUAUGGUAGAUAGUGUUGAUGCAAUUGUGUAUCUGUAAGAUUGUGAUUAUUUUCAAAACCUAUGUGGCUGUAUAUCAAUGCAUUUACACUGCAUAAAGAUUGUCCACCUGCAUGUUGUUUGGAAAUGAUUUUGUGGCUCAUCAAGAUUGGUUAAACAAUAAUGAGUUCCCUAGUAACUGUCGGUGUUGGAUUUUUAUGCUAUUAUUAUCUAUAUCCAAACUCUGUUUUCUGGACCUAUUUCUGAUGUUUGUAAACACCACAAAUUCAGUUACCUAUUUGGGAUAAAAAUAAUAUAA